UUGGUCAGACGUGCCACAAGAGAUGGCACCUCGCGUGCGCGCGUGGAAUAGACGUGAUCGUCACCCCCGCCCCCUCACGGUCGCUGCGCAAGCGCAAAGCCGCGCCGUGGACGCGAAACACACAGCGAUCAACGUUGAGAGUUUCGCCCCUGGCACACGCGCGACUCGACUCUCGUCGAUGACGACAAGCGGGAAACUGUGCACGGCCGGGCGGACAGCCACCGGAGAAGGACGAAGAGCCGGUGCAUCUCGCGAAAGAUAAAGAAAAUCUGACGCAAGUCUUGCUUUUUCACGUAGACGCGUCCGUGCGAGAAGAGAUCCGGACGGCGAGCCGAAGGGGGAGAGAGAGGUUCGCUAGAGAGUUGCGAAUAGGCGGCGCUGCGAUCGAAAUGGUUACAAGCGCGCAGUCCCCUGACAUCGUCCCCCUGUAACAGCCUGUAUUCGGAGCGAGAGCACGGAGAGCAAGAGAGAGAGAGGCUUCCGACCCCCCUGCCUGACGGCGACCACGGCGUCGGCGACUCCUCGAUAGCUCUUGUGUGUGCGCGCUGCCGUGUCGCAUCUUUGUUGUUUUUCUGCGAAACCGAGCGUCACGAGCUGCUCGCGCGCGCCCGUGCGACGUGAUCUCGAGAGGAACAGCGAUGAGCGGCAGGUCGUCGGUGAGCAAGGCGAGCGGCUGCGAGCGUCGCCGCUGCUACUGCCGCCGCCGCCGCUGCGCUAACCACGAAGCGUCGUAGUGCACACUGCACGGCGAGACAACAGCGACGACGAGGGCGUCCCACGCGAGCGGCGCAUUUCGCAGGGGGCCACUGCUGGUACACAAGUGCGUGAUCUAGGUGCGCGAGUGCGUCUUGCUUGCCCUGCUGCGAGAGACGAGGAGAGGGAGAGGACUGUUGUUGGAGGCGGUCGACGGCAGCGGACAUUCGCAUCCCCUUCUUUGUGCGCGUGUUCGGCUCGACGGGGAACAGCCCGGCGCGCGCGUGGACGAGUCGAAAAGCUGCCGAGCGCGCUCCCUCGCUGCCUCUUUGGGUGCACGCGCACCAAGGGAGUGCCGUCCACCAUUUUGUGCAGUGCGCGACGACAUCAUGGCCAUCGUCGCAGGGUGCCAGUGCCGUUGCCCCGGCACCGCCGCUACCGGAUGAUCCGCUAGCGCUUUGCCAUGUUUGUUUGUUUCUUUCGUCCUUUCGGGGGUGCUAAGUGAGAGUGAGCAUUGAUUUCGGAGAAGUGUGUUAUUUCAGCGACGAGAGGAUCGUUCGCGCAUCGUCAGGCUGUGUGCAUGUGGAGUACGAGUAGCCAAUCAUUAUCUGCGAGCACGAAUUUGCAGGCUGAGGAAUGCAGAGGCAGUCGAGGUGUCGUUCGCAAGAUGCGAAGGGAAGUAGUACUAGCUGCUUAGAUCCCGGAGGCAGUAGUGGCAGCGAGCUCGAGGCCACGUUGAGGCUGACCGACGAGGAGGUGAAGGGCCAAAUAAGGCCCGACGCCCGGUGAGCCACAGCAGCACACCGAAAGGCACAGCGCACGGCGGCUUUCAACUCUGCCGGCGCCGACGAACAGCAGAACAGAUGUCCUGACAGCGGGCCCCGGGCCAGCAGGAUGCCGACAGACGAUGACUGUGGCCGAAGAGAACGUCUCCUGUUGCAUCAAAGCGCUCAAUAUGGCCAACAGCAGCAGCAGCAAUCGUCAGGCGCAUCACCGCGUCAUGGAGCUUCGGUGUCAAUCUCGAGCGGUAACGAGCAUCCAGCAGCCUCGAGCGCAACGCUUCGGUUCUCGCGUUUCGCCGACGCGAGCGAACAGUCGAGCCGGCAGUCGGAUUACCGGGUGUACGAACGCUCUCAAAAGCAGCAGCAAAGUGAAUACGCGAACACGAGUGUCGUUCUCGCUGCCGCUGCGUCGUCGUCGUCAUCCGCAUCGGCGAGUAACAACAGCGGCAGCAACACCAGUCAGCCAUCAUUUUCAGCAGAAACGUUCCCGUCACCACCGUCACCGGCACCAGCGAACGACCGCUUCGUACCACCGCCACCGCUGUCGCCGAGCGCCGCCGACAAGUAUGCCUCCUCGCAAUCUCUGGCUACCGACUACGCUGUUACUGCUGAUCGCCUUCUGUCCGCCAAUGCCACGAACAACGCAGCGGCCCGAGAGCUCUACUCCAACGUCAGUAGCGCGACGAGCAAGACUGCUGCUGCUGCUGCUGCAGAGCAACAGCAACGUUACGCUUCCACGACCGAGCGACUGCUGGACGCCAGCGGCGAAUCCAAAGAACAGCAGCGUUACGCUGCCGAGCGACUGCUCUCCUCGCCGGUACUCGGCUCCGUACGUUACGCUGGAUUGUCCUCGGCCGAGCGUUUGCUCUCGUCGUCGCCGAUACACGCCCCAGUGCCCGAAAGAUUCGCCAGCAGCGGUAGUAAUCCAGCAGCUGCCGGUGGCAAAUCGAGCGGAUAUCUCAAAGACUCGCCGUUGCACGAGCGCUACGCAUCGUCACAGCCGACGAGUAGCCACCACCACGACUCGCGUUACGGCUACGUCAGCGACAGAUAUUUGUCGGCCUCGGCGAAUCCAGAAGGGGCGCAUCAGAGGUAUGCGUCCAGCGAAAGAAUACUCGGUGCGUCGUCGGCGUCGUCUUCGGCUAAUAACGAGGCAAUCAGUAGGCGGUACUCGACGGAUCGGGCUAUCGAAGCGGCAUGUCAAAAGUACGCGGACAGUAGGACCUCGCCGGCGGAAUUCACCAGCCGAUUCCAGGGCUAUCAAGACGCAACGUCGACCAACUCCAACCCCCAGAGGUACGUCACAGGGGCGACCAGCAGCGACAGAUUCAAUGACUUGGCCAUGCAGAGAUACUCUCAAAGUAGACCAAGCGACAGAUUUGUUGCUGCCAACGACAGAUACUUGUCGGCUAGCUCUGCCUCGCACCACGAUGCUCGACAAAACGCUGCUGAGAUAGCCAGGUACUCGUCGAGCUCGUCAACGGAGCGGCUAUUGUCGUCCUGCUCCUCACCGUCGUUAACGGAAACAACAGUCCGCGGACAGCAUCACGUAGGGAUCGACAAUGGCACCGGGCACUCGGAGAGCAGCGAUCAGUCGUCGACGACGUCGUCGUCGUCGUCGUCGCGUUAUACAACGCUGUCGCCCACGCCCGAUAGCAUCGCGGCGAACCCGUCCGGGGCUGUACACUCAGCCAACUGUUAUUCGCAGCAGCAGUCUUCCAAACAGUCGUCAACAGUACCCAGCGGUGCCGACAAGUAUCAUCAUCAGCUGUCAUCGAAAACGUUGCAGAGUUACCCGGAGCGUGGUAGCUACGACAAUCUGUUGUCGUCGAGCGAACAAGCUUUCAGCGAACGUUACGCUAUCGAUAGGUUUGGCGGUGACGCGCGCUUUCAGACUACGGGUUCCGACAGGUACCAUUGUACCACGACUGAUCGUUACUCCAAUGCCGACAAGUAUCUAUCGCUGCCAAAACCCAAGGACAGGUACAAUACUACUGGACGUAUCGGUAGCUCGUGCGCCUCUAUUUCGUCCGGUGCCUCGGAUAGAAGCUACGUGUCCUCAGCUGGAUCUUACGUACCACCAACGGCACAUACGCCUGUAGAAAGAUACGUGCCACAGCCGCCGCCGGAAGUGCUCUACCCGGACAGGUACGUGGAGCGUUACGUACCGCCAGGUCCACACACGCCAGCCGAUCGUUACGUUCCGCCCACGGAUCCCGGCGACUCGUAUAUACGUCGUGACUUGGGUUUUCAUCAUCACUAUCGGCUACCACCAACGGCAGCCACCGGUUAUUCGUAUACCGGUCACCAAAGUCACUUUAGAUUUCGUACCUUGGCUUACCAUUCGCCUGGUAGAGUCGGUGGAAGUCCCGGCUCAAGCAGUACGAGUAGCUCGACUUCUGCGCAGAGAGAUGGUUUUGCGACCUCGCCACUGUUCAGGUCCAAGGUGUGCGCGAAUCCUAGUGACUUUUCCGUCAAUGCGGCUGCGGCGAGUACACCGCGCCAUCAGCAGCAACAGCAGCAAUCCCAACAACAGCAGCAACAGCAACAGCCGGCGUGCUGUUCCGAAGCUGCGAAUUCAUCUCAAAGGGCAGCUCAGUUAUCGUGUUGUCAACCUGUCAGACGAUCCAUUCCAGCUGGUGCACUGACUUGCACUAUUCCUCAACAGGCUGCGCAAACGUCUUGGCAAACGUCGCUGAACGCAACCGCGACAAGCGCGCCGAUAGCCUCGGCGAGUGGUGCCGCGGACAACGAGCCAAGCGCACCAAAUGCGGCAGCAGCGCUUUACCCGUCGUUGGUCGCGAGCCAAGAGACGCCGGCGGAAUCGGCGACCACGACAGCGACGACGAUAACCGGCGCGAGCACGGUCACGCAGUCGACGGUGACGGCGGCGGCGUGCACCGGCUCCUCGAUGCCCAACGUCUCGCGAAGCGUCUCCGCGCCAGCUGGACCAAGACCGCAACUGUCGAGCGGCACCGCUGUCAGUGGCAGUGCCACGGUCGACAGGCCCCACAAGCUCAGGAGGAGCCAGAGCAGGACCGAGGCCAUCAAGAAUUACAUCAAGCGCGAAACCGCGACGUUCUUCGGCGUGGACGAGGAGACCGAGGCGAGCGAGAAGCAAAAGUGGCUGGAUCGCCGACGACGCAUGGCUUCGAGGAAGUAUGGCGCUUUGUUGCCGGAGUACAGGGCCCCGGAUCCUGACAUUACCAAGGACGUGCCGGAUUCCAUGGAUAUUUCGGAUUCCGUCAUAUCGAGGAAGUGGCAAAGGCCGGUAAGGAGGAAAGAUUCGGUCCCAAGGAUGGCACUAUCUGCGCUGCAAUAUGUGGUCGACAGACUGCGACGCCAACAACCGUCGAAGCACACGACCAUCCUUGGCGAGUCUCGCAGCUUUCCGCCGAGCGCCGUUCACGCGGACGAGUUGCAGACCGGCGACGAGGGUGCCAUCACGGAUGCUGGCAUGGACGAGGAAGAGGAGACUUUCUUCAAGUCGCCCGUGCCAGCAGCUCUGCCGGCACCGGCCGUCGGCGAUCUUGCCGACGAACUGCAGGCCGUGGAUUUGACCGUCGAGGACGGAGCUACCUCCGCUGCAGCGGCAGUGGCUGGCACUUCUGCCGUUGACGGAGCCGAAGGAUUGACGAGGAUUUGGGGCGCUUCGGGGAUGGCGAGUGAUAAGGAAAGCGGUGAGCGAGUAACAAUCGACGGACAAGGGAGACGACAAGCUCGUGCCAUCCCGACAAGGGACCAUUAUAUCUUAAGAUCGCGACAAGAGCAGCAACAGCAGCAACAAGAGCACGUGUACCCGAUUCACAUAGCAGACAACGUUGGCCUGAGAACAAAGGCAGCUUUCGGAGGCAAGAGAAUUUCACCGUCGACCAUCGACCGUGUCUUCGACAAUAGCAACCGGCGGCAAUACGGCAUGGGCAUUGUUGGACGAUUUUUCGGGAGGUCGUUUCGUAAAAGCGUCGCUCAGCAGCCGGACGUGAGAAGACAGCUGGACGACAUCGACGAUCAUCGGCCUUACUUCACCUACUGGAUCACGACCGUGCAGGUCCUCAUUCUUGUCAUCUCGCUGGCGUGCUACGGCUUUGGACCGGUUGGCUUCGAUCUUCAUCACAGCUCAAGCCUGGUGCUGGUGACCAGUUUGUCGCUACAGCAAGUCGAAUAUCAAGAACCAUCCAACUUUUGGAUAGGACCACGUGCUGCGGACCUGAUACACCUGGGUGCUAAGUUUGCGCCGUGUAUGCGGAGGGACAUAAAAAUUCUAAAGGAGAUCGACGUCUGGCGGGAAAAGGAGCGUGACACGGCGUGUUGCAUAAGAAACGACGAUUCCGGCUGCGUGCAGUCGAGCAAAACCGAGUGCUCAGUCCGGGGAAUGAGUUCGACAUCUACGGACAAGUUAUCGACAUGGAAGAAAUGGGGACCAGCUGACAGUGGACCGGGCGGCCGAAUCAGCGGUUCGGUUUGCGGUCUUGAUCCGAAAUUCUGCGACGCGCCAGCCAGUAUAGCGCCGUACGAGUGGCCCGACGAUAUAACCAAGUGGCCAAUCUGCCGGAAGAUGAAUCCUUUCAGCCAGCGUUUUAGGAGCAAGGAGUCAAGCUUGCACGGUAACGCCAAUUUCCCGGUGGGUCGUUACAAGGACAAAAUGGCAGAGCACAUGGUGUGCGAAGUGAUCGGCCACCCUUGCUGCAUCGGCAUCCACGGCACUUGUCGGAUCACCACCAAAGAGUACUGCGACUUCGUGCACGGCUACUUUCACGAGGAGGCCUCGCUGUGCUCGCAAGUCGAGUGCCUCCACGACGUCUGCGGCAUGAUACCGUUUCUCAAUCCCGAGUGGCCCGAUCAGUUCUACCGACUAUUCACCACCACGUUUCUUCACGCCGGGAUCCUCCACAUCGCGAUCACGCUGUUGGUGCAGUACUUCCUGAUGAGAGACUUGGAGAAGCUGACAGGGUCGAUACGCAUCGGCCUCAUCUACUUCAUCGGCGCCCUGGCGGGCAACCUUGCCAGUGCCAUCUUCGUGCCGUACAGGGCAGACGUCGGUCCAGCUGGCGCGCACUUUGCACUGCUAGCGACGCUGGUGGUCGAAGUGCUGCACUGCUGGCCGAUGCUCAAGUACCCGCGUAGAGCGCUGAUGAAACUGAUGACGAUCCUGUUCGGGCUGCUACUCCUGGGCAUACUGCCGUGGGUGGACAAUUACGCCCACCUGUUCGGCUUCAUCUUCGGCUUCCUGGCGGCCUACGCGCUCAUGCCGUUCAUCUCGUUCGGCCAUUACGAUCGCCAGCGCAAGAUUUUCGUCAUCUGGAUCUGCGUCAUCCUGAUCGUGGGCCUGUUCGGUCUGCUGCUGACCUUGUUCUACAACGUGCCCAUGUACGAGUGCGAGGUGUGCAAACUGUUCAACUGCGUGCCGUUCACGCGCGACUUUUGCGCCUCGCAGAAUAUCAAUUUCAAGCGGGAGGAGCCGGUAUGACACACGGGGCCGCGGCCACCGGUCGAGCGCGCUGUGCAGCCGUUCGGCCCCGUUGUUUACCUUCACGCUCGUCUUUCAUUCGUUUGUCGACUUCGAAAACUGACCCUCGUCACGGCCAGCAGGAUUCACGGCAGGGUCCAAAGCCACUCGGGUCAUUCUCUUCGUGUUCCAUUCUCUUUUCAUUUACUUUUCUUAAACCGAGAUAAGCUGCAUUGCGUUUGAUGGGUUUGUCGGGAUAAUGUGAUAGACGAGUUCACUUUCUUCGAAUUGCAUCUUCUAUGCGUACAUAUAUAUGACUAUUUUUCAACAAAAGCAAGUAUUAGCGUUCGUAGUGUGUAACUUGAUGUCCUCGUGAAUAGGUCUUUUUUUAAACCCGCCAAGAAAGUAGCUGAAUUAGCUCGAAUGUUUGACCUUUUCAUUGACUAUCAUGCAGUUGCCUGAAAAUGUGUAGUCUUUGACGUGUGCAACGGUGAAUUGUGAAUUGUGGAUCGAGUUAUUCGGAAAAGACGCACGAUGAGAGGUAUCCGAAAAUUAAAUAAAUGAAGCUUCGACGUUGUUAUUGCGAGGACAAUUGAUGCCGACUCGAUUUUGCAGUCAUUUAAGAGAAAAACUGUCCGAUCAGAAAGUCUUAGCUUUGACUUGAUUUCGCUACUGCCAAUUGAAAAAUCAAGCUGAAAGAGAACUCUUGCGAAGAAACCAUUUGUCAGCGCUCGACAUAGAAAUCAUGCCUUACAAAAAAAAAUAAAAAAUAAAAAUAAAUAAACAAACAAACAUUGUCGAUCUAAUUAAGUGAUGAAAUAGGGUUUAAUUCAAUCUUGCCCGAAGGAAUGUACAUAUUUCUUAGGUAUAUACUAAAGUACUUUACUUGAAAAAUGAACAAAAAGAAAAAGACAAUGUGCGUUGUUUCUAGAGCGAAUAUCCGCAGUCCUUUGAGAAAGUCGGAUGAAGGAUGUCGGCGCAGUAAGCAAACGAAAGUCUUUCGAUCACAUUUAAGGCAAAUAAAACGGAAAAAAUGUAGAGGAGAACGAGAGGAUAGUCUUGUAAAUAAGCGAAUGCAAAGUAGCGAUCAAGUAAAGAUAACAAAACAAAAACUUGUGGAUUCUUGUUACAUACCUUAUACAUAUAAGUAUGACUUUUAAUAAUAUUGUAGGAUUACAAAAGCGUAUAUAACUUGUAAACCAUGAAUGAUGAAAGAAUGGCCAUGACAUUUAAACGUAUAAUGGUGGGAGUAAAGAAAAAAACAACAACAGACGUGAAAUCAAAUAAGCCAGAAAAAAGACUUGUCAGCAACGAGGAAAGGCUCCACGAAGGGUUUAAAGACUUGCGGUAACAAAACGAGAUGAUCUCGAUUGUGCAUUUUUUUUACAAAAAAAACAAAAUAAUGAUUCGUGCGGACUUUGCAUGCAUGCGAAUGUGUAUGAUUGCGCGCGCGAUUGCGGAUUAUAUCAAGAAAAAGAAAACUCUUAAUCGAUUUUGUCUGCGACUGUAUAUACGGAAUUACGAUUUAACGACGAGGAAAAAUCCAGAUAAUUUAAGAUUAAAUACGUUACGAAUAAUGUGCAAGCCGGUGAUGAAGUGGUAUUAGCGAUUUGUAGGUUAUCACGCACAGACAUAAAAACACGAAACACACACAAGUACACGCGGCAACGUUGUUUAAGUAUUUCCAAAGAAAAAAUAUAAUUAAAAAAACCAAUGAUGAAUAAUCAUACUGUAAUGUCGUGAAUGUGUAUUUUAUUAUAAAGUACAGAAAAAAAAACGAUUACCGAGUAGUAUGUGCGUCAAAUUGCUUCGUCUAGCGAGUUUGCUGGAUGACAAUGAUGGUGUCGUAGACGGGCGAGGUAAAUAUGCGCGCGACAGGGUGUACGAGAGGAAAAAGGAAGAAUCAAUUGUGCCACGACUAGCAUUUUUACUCUUAGGGCCGUCACUGUUCAACUUGGUCACUGGCUGUGCAGUCCGUAAGACAAUGCUCGGAAAAGAGCUUUUCUCUACGUUUCUCUCAUUCGUUUCGACGUAUACAAACUAUCACGCACGUAACGGGGUUGCAUUUUAACAAGAACAAAUAAAAGCCGAUCGAGCCUUCAAACGAAAGUAUUGGAACAAAGACUUCGAGGAAAUGUAAACGACGAAUGGUAUUGGUCAGUGCUUUCUUUCAAUGCACUUAACUAUUCGUCUUUUCUCGUGCUUUGUUUUACGGACCACGGAGCACGAAUUUUUUCUUGUAAUCGGCUAACAUCACAAUAUGUACUUGUAAUAGCAUUAUCAAUUUAUUCGCAAUGCGUACGGGAAUAAUAAAACGGAAUAGCGAGGUGAUUGUUCGAUUUUUAUUUAAACUGCGCGGCCGCCAUCGACAUUACGUAGAUGGGAUAUUGUGCAAUGACAAUUUUUCUUUCCCACGUAUUUUUUAAAGUCUGAAUUGCAAAAGACCGCACACAGUUUCAAAGCGCAAUUUUUUAUUAUCGCUGUAUUCAAUCCUUUUUAAUAUUGUAUAUAUUAAACAAAUAACGGAUCUGUCCUUUGUUGUUCGACCUUAGUUAUAUCUUUCUAAACGGAAAAAAGACAACUUGCCAAAUCGUUUAAGACAACGUGUUCAUUUGUUGACAGAAAAUAACUUUAUCCAAGCAAUACAGCACAUUAUAUCUUUUUAUAUAGCCACAAUAAAGGAAGAACACGAAUGUUGAAUUAUAGUUAACGUACUUCAUAUUAUCGUAUUAUUCGUUGACAAACGUUGAGAUUUUUAAUAUUAUGGGAUGGUUUGUGUUGUUUUCCCUUCGAAAUAUUAGUUUCUUGCUCUGUGUUUCUCUUCUCUGGCAAUCGUUUCUCCGGAAAUCGGGCAGCGAGUGAAGUCUUGUUAUUUACUGUAAAUGUGUCACAUACGAGUGUGUUCAAAAAGAAAAAAAGAAAAGAUAAAAAAAACACUAAGGAAACACGAUGGACUUAGGGGGGGGGGGUCAAAGUGAAAUUGCGAAUCUUCGAUAUUUCCACGACAGUCGGCAACACGGUGGAACGUUCUUGUGUGCUCGCCUUCACUUCUCACGUAACGGUCGUGCACACAUAUACACACUUUUGUACAUAAAGCGGCAGACGAAGAGGAAGUGGGCAACGAGAGCAUGCGUAUAAACAAGCAUAAAAAAAAACAAAUAAAUGGACCAAGUGCAUGGGCAAAAUUGUAGGCGCGUUCAAGAAUCCACGCGACGUUCGACAAACAAUUCACCCCUUCGAUGUAAUUAUUUUCCAAGCGAUUGACAAAAACCAAAGUAGCGAGGGAGUCGUGAGGCGAAGCUUACUGAGACACUAUCGGCACGUUCCACUGCGUUGGCGAGGUAUUAUUUUUCUGUAUCCCUGUAUCUAUACGAGGCAACAAAAAAAGUACUAUACAUAUAACGUUUAACGCGAGAAUGAUCGAGAGUAAACAAAAAGAAAAACUCAGACAAUGGAUGUUUGUGAUAUGACGAUUAUUACGAGAAUGAGAAUGAUACUUUGCCGCUUUAAUUUCACUGGUAAUCGGAAUGAUCUUCGACUAUGAUUAUCAUUACCUAAUCAUAACGAUACAUUAUGUACUUGUCGCUGUUAUAUACAUAUAUAUAUAUAUAAAUAUAUAUACA